CUGGGGACCUUGCUGGUUCAGCUUUAUCAUCCCUGUUAAGAAACCUGGUACAAGCUCCUUGGGGGCUGGAAAAAACAUGUAGGGUUCUGCCCUGAAUGAACAGUCUUGGAAGAGAGCACACAUAUCCUUCAAUUCGCUCGUACCAUGGGGAGGCAGGCAGAGCUGCUACCCUGUCCGCUAGGCUCCUACCUGAGUUCUGAGGCCUGGGGAGAGGAAGGGAGAGGAAGGGCAGGGGACGGAAAGAGAGGAAAGGACAUGCUAACUGGAGACCCUCUCUCCUCUAGGCCCAUCUGUCUCAACCCAACCAAGGCCAUGCCCUCCCCAGGGACCAUCUGCUGCCUGCUGCUCCUCAGUGUGCUCUGGGUGGACUUGGCCAUGGCAGGCUCCAGCUUCCUGAGCCCCGAACACCAGAAAGUGCAGCAGAGAAAGGAGUCCAAGAAGCCACCAGCCAAGCUGCAGCCCCAGCCCCGGGAGCUCAAAGGCUGGCUCCGCCCAGAAGAUGGAAAUCAGGCAGAAGGGGCAGAGGAUGAGCUGGAAAUUCGGUUCAACACCCCCUUUGAUGUUGGAAUCAAGCUGUCAGGGGCUCAGUCCCACCGGCAUGGCCAAGCCCUGGGGAAGUUUCUUCAGGACAUGUUUUGGGAAGAGGCCAAUGGUAAGUCCCUCCCUAAAUCAGGUCAAUUCAGUUUCCUCAGAGUCCCAAAUGUCAGUCCACAUUAUGGGUGACACAAAAGUUUUCUUCCCUGUCCCCUGCCUCUCAAAAAGAGCAUCUAAUUCCUGGAUCCCAAAUAUCAGCAGAAGAGUGGGUUGGGCUGGUAUUUGAGUGGCUCAGAGGGGACUGAGCAUAGUUUUUGUAUUCAAAGAGGGUACUAGGUCCUGAGGACUAGCUUUGGAUCCCCAGUGAACCCCAAUUUCCUUAACCAAAAAAUGGAGCUAACACCCAUAUGAGUAUAAAAUUAUUUGGUGUUAUAGCACCUUUACUGUAUAAUUUUACUUCACAAACAAAUGGAAUUAGUGCUAUAAUUGCAUUCAGAAUGGGCUCUGCAGCCAGUUAAAAGCAAAGUUGUUUUGGUUUUUAUUUGAAUCCCUCUUGCCUUGUAAAAAGAUACCACCCAACUUUCUCCUAAUAGAGAAGGCAAACACCUGCCUUUGGAAGCACCCUACAA